CCUCGCUGAGUGCCCUCAAAAAACAGCAGUCUCGACUUUCUUCAGAUGGAGAAUGUACGUCCGUCUUCGUCGCGAUUUAUUUCGAUAUAAACACGUCACAGAUUUCGGUAAAAGGUGUGCUUAAAUGAAUAAAGUUCUCCGUUUCGUAUGAUGGCAGAGGAGUGUUUUUUAUGUGAUUUUCAAAAUUAAAAAAAGGAAUAAAAAGUGUCAUCUCCAAAAUGAAUGGCAAAAUGCACAGUGAAACCGGCGCUUUCUCGUCUGACGGCAUGCGAGCCGAAAUACUGAACCCUUUCGUUCACAAAUUGGAACUAGACAACACGUUUGAUAAAAUUAAGACUGCUAUCUUCACAGUCAUAUUGCUACCGUUUCGAGUGAUAGUGAUAUGUUACUUAAUAGUAACUGCGUGGUUCCUAGCGUGUAUAGGCCUUUAUGGUCUAAGUGAGGAUGAUCUAAGGAAAAAGCCCAUGACAGGAUGGAGAAGCGCUUAUUCCAACUACGCCUGCCACAACAUUAUUCUNCCCGCCGCGCCCGCCGCCUCGCCCGCCGCCGACUACAAGCCCGACUCCAAGCGCGGCGAGGUGUACGUGUGA